AUGACAACUACAAUAAUAACAGAACUUUCCACAACAAUCACUUCAACAUUAACAUCAACUCAAACUGCAAUUGUUAAAGGUGUAUUAGACUUGAGUAUCCAAACAUCAAUCCCUGUAAACGGUGACAAUGGCAUAACAUUUGCUGGUAAGGCAGCUAAUCCAGGGACAACAGUUUCAACAAUCACUUCAUCAUCAACAACAACUUCAUCUGCAUCUUCAUCAAAACCAAGCUCAUCUCAUAUAAAUUUUGGUAAUAAUCUUUUAACACAAGGUACAAGUGCCUCAAAUGGUUCAAAUCCCAAGAUUGGUAUGGCUAUAGGUAUUCCAGUUGCUAUAAUAGCUAGUGUAUUGAUAAUUGUUGCCUUUUAUUUUUAUUUAAGGUAUAGGAAAAAUUAUGCUCAUAGUCAAGAUGCUAAAUUACAAAGAUUUUAUGAUGAUAAGUACAAUUAUAGAAUAAGUCCAUUGAAUGAAUCCACAUCACCUUAUAAUUUGAAAACUGUUUAUCAAUUGAAAACUCAACCAGGUGAUCAAUUCUAUAGAUCAAAUUUUGAUAAUCAAUCAUCCACUAUUGUUCCAACAACUCAUAAUUCAAAAGUUCCCUCUAUAAAAGAAAUCCCACAGGGUUAUGAUAACAGUACUAAAUGGGCAACACCUAUUCAUAAAUGGUUCAACAAUAUGAGUAAAAGUGCAAUGUCAAGCAGAGCAAGCUUAAGCACGGGGAUCUUUUCACCAAAGACACCAGUAUUACGUGAAUUUAAUUUGAAAAAACAAUCAAAUGAUGAAUUUAAUGAAAAAUCUCCAAUUUUACCAAGUUUCCCAGAAAAAUCAUAUGGUGGACAUGAUCAUUCUUUCCAUUCUAUUGAAUCAAGCCCAAAUGGUAGUAUUAAGCAACAGGUUGUUAGAGCUGAUACAACAAGACGUGAAAUUAUAUUACAACAUCCAUCCAAAUUGAAGAACAAGAAGAAAUCUAAACCAUUGCCUAAAGUUCCCCAAAGCUCUACUGAAUCAUCAAUCAAGAGUCUUGCAGGGUUAGAACAAAUUGUUAUGGAGAGAAUGAUUCCAACUACACCAAAAGUUGAUUUUGCUAAAUACAAGAAUGAUAAAGUCUAUAUGGUUAUCAAGAGUUAUGAAAGAAAUUUGGCUGAUGAAUUGAGUAUUAAAGUUGGUGAGUAUAUUAGAAUCUUGGCUAGACAUACUGAUGGUUGGUGUCUUGCAGAGAAGUGUAAUCAAAAUGGUGAAGUGUUGUACCAAGAUAUAAAUAAUUAUAUAAAUGAAGGUAGAGGUGUUAUACCUGAAUUAUGUCUACAAGGGAACAAAUAA